AUGGCUGACGAACAUUCCUACUCGGCGGCUUCCGGGCAGUGUCCUGCCCCUGAGGACCGGCGCCUGUGGUCUGAGGAGACUGAAGAGAUGGACGACUCUGCCGAACUUGACCCUCGCCUUUGUUCGGAGGACCACGUGGCCAGCGCUAGCAAGCGGCUCAAGCCGGAUAAUCCUGGCUGCCUCUCCCCCACUGCCUCUCCUGUUAAAGCUGCCACCGCACCCAUGGAGGGUGUGCAGUCUGGUAGCUCUGAGACUGUCCUGGUCGACGGUGAGGUGCCCCUGGAGGACACGCACCCAGCCGCGCCCUCUGUUGCCCCGCGCCAACCCAUCCGCCGCCGCCUAGACUUCCCCGCCGAGGCCGGGCUGACACCAGCCCAGCAAUACGCGUGGUUUGCAUCUCUACUGAAGCAGCACGGUGAGUUGGAGCCGCUCUUCAUGGAGGGUAGGCUCCGACCUUAUCUCACGGUCAGGGACGAUGUCGCCUUCUACAAGCGGCUCCUUACUGAGGGGUUCCUCGACGUAGUUUUGGCCGAAAAUGCAGCGGAGCGGCAGCACACUGUCAUCAUCCACAAUGUGCCGCUCUGCAUGAAUGCCAACCUCAUUGAGACCCCAGACAACUUUCUGUGGAUAAAGCGCAGGUAUGCGGGCACGGCCCCUCGCCCGCAGCUUCUUGGAGCGGUGGUUGGCCACGUCCCGACAGAGGUGCACCUCCUCGGGGUGGGUCGUAAGGCUGUGGAGCCCUACACGGCGGAGCCCGACAUCUGUCGCCACUGUUGCCGGUGGGGCCAUCAGGAGUGGCGCUGCAGAUCGGCCCCUCGGUGCCGGUAUUGUGCGGGCACACACAAAUCAGCUCUGUGCCUCCAAAAGAUCCAGGCGGGCACACCCGUCCCCCGUAAGUGCUGCAACUGUGGUGGUGAGCAUAACGCCCACUACCACUCCUGCCCGAUGAAGCCUAAACCAUCUCGGGUCGCGGCGCCUGACCACCACCCUCAGCAAGGCCGAUCUAGGCUUGUGUUCCGCCCUGCUCCUCUCCCUCAGUCCUCGGCCUGGGCCCGGGGGGCUCCCUCAACGUCCGAGUUUCCGCCCCUGCCGGGCUCGUCCGCCCCUGCUGCCCCAGCCUCACCCACUGCCACCCCUGUGCCUCGCCAGGCUCCUGCUCCGGCACCCCAGCCACAGCCUACCGUCCCCCCUGUGCCGGCUGCCAGUCCCCCCGCUGUCGAUGGGUCGACCCCUGUCCUCCAUCAGAUCCUCGCUGCAGUCACCCAGCUGCAGGAGACGCUGGCUGCAACGAUCUCCAGGGUGGCGGCCUUGGAGCAGCGAGUCUCCACGCCCCCGCCUGCGCGUGAGCUCUCCUCCAUCCCGGCCCCUGCUCCAUCUUCGGCCCCGGUCCCGUGCCCUGCCCUGCCGUCUGCUGGUGAGGCCAUGGACGCCGAUAGUGGGGACAGUGUGGUUCCCCCUGCGAGCCAGAUGCAGAACACCCCUGCAACCCCACCGGCUGUGGUGACUGCAGCUGCCGAGGGAACGGCCGAACCUCGCCAUGGUCAGACGGGUCCUUCACCUUCACCUGCUGAUCCUCCACUGCAGUGGGAGGCCACACUCCAGGUGCUGCUGGCGCAGUUUGCUUCCCUGACUCAGCAGGUGGCUGAGCUCCAUCAUCGGAUCACCCCACUCCUUGACCGGCAACCACCCCCUCCUGACCAGUGUUUGCUGAGUGACCACUUUGCCCUGGAGACGACCAUCCCGAUCCAGCCUGCCCCUGCUGUGUCCCGGAAGCGGUUGGCUGUCCCUGCUGCCCGGAUGCCGCGCCUCGUUGCCGAAGUCGGGGCGUGGUACCAUACUGUGAAGGGAUCCUUUACCGACGCCGCCUCGCUGUACCACGGCCUGCUGGACACCGUCGAGAGUUUUGUUGCAGCUGGCAGGGCCCCUCCAAGGCCCGCCAAGCGCCGCCUGCAGACCUACGCCUCGGACUCGGCUGUCUCCAACUGUCAGCGGACCCUUGCCUCGUACCAGCGGCGCUGGCAGCAGGACCCCGCCGAUCGGGCUGCCCGCGAUGCCAUGGUCGCUGUGGCGCACCACCUCACUGAACUCAGACAAGAGGCCCGCUCACGACACUGGGUCGCCUUCCUUGCCAGCGUGCGCAAGACCCGCUCCCUGCGGGAGGUUUGGCACCAUGUCAACAGGGUGAGGGGGAGGACCAAACGGCUGGUGAGUGACCCUGACCCUGCGGGCCGGGCCCAGGACCUGAUGCGCCAGUGGCAGAGGGCCUCCUCCCUUGGUGGUCUCCCUGCACAACACCAGGCCGAACUUGCCCGCCACAGGGAGCGGCGGAUGGCCCUCGUUCAGCACCACGUCACACUUCUGGAUGACACAUGUGUCCCCAUUACCCACGAUGAACUCCUUCUUGCUGUCAAACAUGGCAAGUCGACAGCCCCGGGCCACGACGGGUUGACUUACGACAUUCUUAAUGCCUUACUCGUUGUGCAAGGUGACAACCCCCUGCUUGACCUGUUCAACAUGUCGUUUGCCGCAGGUUGCCUCCCCCCUCCGUGGAAAGCUGCCUUGAUCGUUCCCAUCCCCAAGGGUGAUGGUACCUUUCGCCCUAUCUCCCUGACGAGCUGUGUGUGUAAACUGUUAGAGCGGGUGAUCUUGAACAGACUUCUCUAUAAGCUGGGGGACCGGCUCUCCCCAAACUUACAUGGGUUUAUGAAGGGCCGUUCCGCAAGUGACUGUUUUCUUAAGUGCCUUAGUAAUCCAGACGUGAAUUGUCGCGCUUUUGUGGACUUAAAAGGAGCCUUUGAUAGGGCCAACAAGGAUGUCAUAAUGGAGGAACUCACUCUGCAGGGUGUCCGUGGAAGACUCUUAAGCUGGAUCAGGGACUAUUUGUAUGGUAGGAGGGCACAAGUGGUAUUCCCGGGUGCUACCUCCACGGAGGAAGUGUUUGAGCUGGGCACACCACAAGGGGGUGUCCGCAGCCCCAUGCUUUUCAACAUUUUAAUGGACAAAAUUGCUCGGUGGCCCUUUCCGGGCAACACUCAGGUCAUUAUCUAUGCAGAUGACAUCCUUGUGCAAUGCAGCAGUCCUGCUCUUCUCAGUUUAGCUUUGCAGCAGCUGUCAGCGCUGUGUGAACAAAUGGGCCUUGUCAUCAAUGAAACUAAGACGAAAUUUCAAGCCAGCGGGAGGAGAGUUUCUCACCUGCCCAGUGUUAAUGGCACUCCUUUAGCUAGAGUUCCUACAUACAAGUACUUAGGCACCCCUGUCAGCUUCCAGAAAUCUGUGCAGAGCGUCACUCAUGUUCAGGACAUCUGCCUUCCUAGGUUAGCUCCUCCUAAGGUUUUGGCUAACAGGGGCCUUGGAGUCGGCAUCCCUGUCCUCAGGAUGUUUUACUUUUCUGUCGUCAGGUCCCUCAUUGAUUAUGCUGCCCCUGUUUUGGAGCAUCAGUGGCACCAGCGCCGCUCCUCGGGUACCCACGACGAUGUUGCAACGCUGUGCAUGGUGUGUAUACGCCGUGCGGGGGGCUUGCGGCUUCAGUUCCUCUCUCGGACUAGCAACAGCAUAUACCUCGAAGCCACCACCACCGCCUCUCACCCCCGCCAGCUCCCUCGUCAGUAG